CAUUUUCCGAUUGAGUUGUACACGGAUGGGACAGUGGGCUAUCGGUUAUGUGACGGACGACGGGAGCAUCUUACAGACCAUUCCCCAGAACAAGCCCCUUUUCCAGGCUCUGCUGGAGGGUUACCGUGAAGGCUUUUACCUCUACCCUGACGGGCGAGACGUUAAUCCGGAUCUGAGUGGGCUGUGUGAACCGUGCAGGCUGGAUCACAUUCAGGUCUCUCAGGAACAAUAUGAGUUAUACUGUGACAUUGGCUCCACCUUCCAACUCUGCAAGAUCUGCACGGAGAGGGACAAAGAUGUGAAGAUUGAGCCGUGUGGCCACUUAUUGUGCGAGAUCUGCCUCAUUGCUUGGCAGGUAUGCCCCUGCGCCCCAUUCCCCAACUACCCACACCCACCCACUCCUCCACCCUUAACCCCUCCGCCCUCUCCCAUUGUGCCCAGGGCGCUCAGGAUUAGACCAAGCACCUCACCGAAGAUAGAUGGCUGGGUGGGAGCGAGGCAGCACACAGAGAGAGAGAUGGAGAGAGGGAGGAUGGGGAGAAAACAGCAGGAGGUGGAGAGAUGGAAAUUCCAGCGCCUAUGGUUCUUCGGUUUUAUCCCGGUGAAACUCCAUUUAGAGUACUGCAAGCCGAUCUGGGCACCUAAGCCAUCAGCCUUAGAUGGAGAACAUUGUAGGCUUACUAGAAUGAUACUGGCUCUUCAGGGGUUAAGUUACAAGGAGAGAUUAUACAAGUUAGGCCUAGAAUUCAGAAGGUUAAGGAGUGAUCUGAUCAAAGUUUCCAAGCUAUUCACAGCAAAAGACGAGGUAAACUCCUUCCAAAUUCUAGAACGAGAGCGCAGAGUCUGGGAAUGA